AUGACUACGUUAAAAAAAUUUGUUGCGAUCGCUUUGAUCCUGGCAAUAUGUCUUUUCGCUUUGCCUGACGCUAUUCCUCUCGAUUAUUCACAGGGCGACCAAUCCUACACAGUUGGAAAAGACGGCGUUGGAAACGCAAACGCUAAAACCGGAAGUAACGGUCAAUCUAUCGCCCUUGGCGGCCCCGCUACCGGCGGUAAUGCUGGUAACGGUGGUAAUGGUGGUGUCCCUUGA